UGAUCACGAGGGUUGCAGUAGUCGCAUGUCUGCUUCAUUCUGAAGUCUCUCUCUGGAUUGUAAAAACACCAAUUGUCUGAUCCUCUUUCUUCACGUGACCGACUGCUGCAGCUUUGAUCGCUGUCCUAGAGUAUUCAGUGAUUCACCGCACGUUGUGAUAUACGCCGGCUCAUAGUAUAUUUCAUUCAGACCCUACCUGUGUCCCAUCCACAGCGUAAUAACAUUCCGUACAAACUAGCCGACACUAUCUGAAGCGUGUCAGCUGCAGAUUUAUUUCAUUGAUACGCUGUCUAUAUCCUCCAAGGCAUGGCUACGCAGCUCGUUUCCCUGGCGGAGGUGGAGAGGCUAAGUGCUUCGGUCGUACGGAUAUUGGGAGGAAACCCCGGCAAGUUCACACUACAAGGGACGAAUACGUAUUUGAUCGGCCGAGGACGUCAACGCAUCCUCAUUGACUCCGGUCAGGGGGAACCCUCCUGGGCAGCCCGGCUCAAGUCACACUUGGCCGAAGAGAACGCAACUGUGCACCAGGCGCUUCUUACGCAUUGGCAUCCAGACCACGUUAAGGGUGUCCCUGACCUCCUGGAGCUUUGCCCGGAGGCGAUCAUCUACAAGAAUGAUCCAGACCUAGGGCAAGAGAGCAUUGAAGAUGGUCAGAUAUUCAGUGUUGAGGGAGCAACGCUAAGAGCGUACCAUACCCCGGGGCAUACUGUCGACCAUAUGAUGUUUGUUCUGGAGGAAGAAGAUGCCGUCUUUACGGGCGAUAAUGUUUUGGGUCACGGCACAAGUGUCUUUGAGGAUUUGAAAACCUAUCUGUUCAGCCUGCAGAGAAUGCAGCACCGCGUCUCGGGCCGUGGGUAUCCCGGUCAUGGGGCUGUGAUUGAGAACGCGACGGCAAAAAUCACGGAGUAUAUCAAGCACCGACAACAGCGAGAGGAUGAGGUAAUUCGGGUUCUCCGAUACAAUCAUCUCGAUGUCGCUGAUGAUGAAUCAUCCCCGGAGCGCAAACUGUCCUGGACACCACUGGAGCUGGUUAAGGUGAUAUAUAAGGAUGUGCCGGAAAGCCUUCAUCUGCCUGCAUCCCAUGGAGUGCAGCUCGUGUUGAAUAAGCUGGAGGACGAAGGCCGGGUAAGCAAAGAUGGGGGUGGGAAAUGGACUUGGAGAGUGAACGGUCUGCGCUUUAAGGGGCUAUAACCUACUACGAGAUUGAACUGUCUGUUUUUAAGCCCGGUGGGGAAGGUAAAACAAGGUUAUAGUCAUAGAC